UUUAGGAAGUGGUUUCACUUGGCCAAUUCCUGGAGUGAAAGUAGAAGUGAGUCAAGUUUUUGGUGUCGUUGCCGGAGACGGCUAGGUUGUUGAAGAAAAGUGAUUUCUAUUAAUUUAGCUUUUCUUUUCGCUUUGUCUGCUUUGUCCCACUUGUGGCUUCACGGGUUUGCUUGCUUGAGUGUGUGCAGGUAGUGCAUGACCCGUAGCCAGUCGGGAGGUUUACUGCCGUUGAAUCCAAAGAUUGAUCGCACCUGUCGCCAGCUCAGGAGACAGCAGCGAGCUAGACUGGCUACGAAAGAGCGCAUAGACGGCCACCUGAGUAGCGAUUCUGAAGAAGAGCACGGGAUGGACGGAGACUACAAUCAACACCAGGGGAAUCCGCAGCAGGUUCCCCCGGUGAAUCAGGUCCUGGGGAACAACCCCAUACCCCAAGAUCAUGGGGUUCAUCAUCCACCGAAGCCGGGUCCCACCUUGGAGUACUCCUACACUCCUCGGAUUGCUGACAUCCGCCCGGUCAUCCUCUACUCGCCUAUUCCAGCAAAUAACUUUGAGAUCAAGCCAUGCUGGAUUCAGGUCAUUACAUCCUCUAUCCAGUUCCAUGGCUUGAAGGAUGAGGAGGCCAGGGUGCAUCUUUCCCGUUUUCUGCAGCUGACGAACGGGUUCAAGCUGAAUGGUGUCCCGGAUGAUGCAAUCCGCCUUCAUCUCUUCCCCCAUUCUCUGGCGGGGAAUGCUAAGAGGUGGUUGGAGACCCAGCCCCCAUUGUCCAUCACCUCUUGGGACGAUCUGGCUGACAAAUUUGUGCACAGGUACUAUCCGGCAUCGAAGACUACAGAGAUCCAGCGGGAGAUCACUCACUUCCGCCAAGAGCCAGAUGAGUCACUUCGUGAUGCAUAGGAGCGGUACAUGGGAUAUUUCUGGCAGUGUCCCCAUCAUGGCUUUAGUGAUGCAUUCAUAGUGGAGAACUUCUACAGUGCUCUCUCCCCAGAUAGCCAGAGGGUGAUUGAGUCUCUAUGCCCAGGAGGGGAUAUUCUUACUAAGACUCCACCCGAGCUGAACUAGAUGAUCUGUUUACUCCGGUGGAGGUUAGUCGCCCGCUAGAGACUCAGAUUGAGAGGGUCUGAAGACCUUUAGUCGAGACUUCAGGCUGUUUAAGAACCUUCCGCAGUAUAACUAUCAUAGAAACUGAACUUGGUAAUUACAAUCCGGCUUAACUGCAGUCUAGGGGGAACCAUAUCCGGGUGACCUCUCUUAACCUGAAUAGAACCAUUUAGUUGCUUUGUUAGUUUACUAGUUUAGACUUGCAUUAAAGUUUCAUUGCUAGAUAACAAGAAUUCACUGAGUAGUCAUCAAAUCUAGGACCCGGGUUGAUAAUUAAACCUAAACCCGCUAUACUACGCUUUAGGAAGUGGUUUCACUUGGCCAAUUCCUGGAGUGACAAUAGAAGUGAGUCAGAUGAGCAUGAAUUUGAUGUCGCGCCAAUGCAAGCUACUCACUUACUUCUCGGAAGGCCAUGGCAGUUCGAUCGCGGUGUUUGCCACUAUGGAGACACGAAUUGCUACAAAGUUCGUCACAAUGGGAAAAGUGUUCUUUUAAAGCCACUGUCACCGGAGGAGGUUCGAGCAGAUCGACGACAACUUGAGGCUAGCCGUUGACGAACCAAGGGGAAGCAAGACGAGGCAUCCAGUUUGUCCACUCUCUUCACUCAGCGUUUUAUGCUUACUGGGUAUAAACGACCAAGAGCACCGCGACGACGUCGCCCCGUCAAGCCUUCACCAAAACAGAGCAGGAGGGAGGGAGAAUUAGGGAGAGCUCCUCAAGAAGAUUCAACACCAGGGGAAGACGUCAGCACAUUCCAUGGAGUUCAUGGAAGGUCUACCAUCGAAUGGAUUGGACCGAAUCAACCCAGACCCCCGAAUCCAAUUAGAGUAGAAUCUGCUCUGAAAUUUACCAACUUCGAGCAAAAAUUGAGUCUAUUGGUUGAAUCGAUUGGUGAUGAUUCGACUCGAUUGGUGACUGCAGAAUCAUUCAAGGCAACCCCAGGAAACUCUCAACUUAUUCAAUGCGACCCGGAGAGCUCUACACCAAAAACGCCCAAGUCACGAUUGAAGUUCCUGGGUUUUGUGAAUUUGAACUGCAGCCAUGGCGGGAAAAAAAAAUGGCAACAAUUCGGUGAUACAGACAAUGAAUCGAGACGCGACGACCACCCAAGACUUGAAUUCUAUCCAAGACGAAGCCAUUGGUGACCUUGGAUUGCCCAGUGGAUGUCUGAAUCAAAAAUCCCCAAUUUCCUCUUCAACAAACACUGCCUGGGUUCUUCAGAACAUGAAAGAUAAGCAACCUUACUACGACCCUAUUUGGGAAGAAUUUCGAGGUAAAGAGGGCCAAAGCUUUGAGGGCAAAGCUUUUUUAUGAGGGGGGGAGGGGGGGCUGAUAUCUUUGUGCAGGAGGGUCAUUGUUAAAGCGUCUCAAAAAGCUUAGGAAACAGGCAGGAGGGUCAUUGUUAAAGCAUCUCAAAAAGCUAUGUUGAAACUAGAAUUCUGCCAAAAAUUGGCUGUGUCAGAACCAGUUUGAGAACCCUUCUGUGGAGGAGUAUUUGAAGCAUAUGGGGGAGAGUCGAAGCUUGGUCUUUGUGCAGCAUGAAAGUAGGUUUCUUCUACUACAACGACAUGGCAUUGGAUGACUGGAAUGAAGAAUGGAAGGCCUC